AUGGCUCGUAAACCAGAAACACAGAUACAAAACACUCCAGUAGAUGUAAUAUCUGCUGUAAAGUUUUCACCAAAAAUAAAUAAGUUUUUGCUGGUUUCUUCGUGGGACACAACAGUACGUCUUUAUGAUGUUGCUAGCAAUACUUUACGACAAAAACUCGUUCAUUCUUCACCCGUGCUUGACUGUGCUUUUCUGAAUUCUACUAAAACAAUCAGCGGUAACUUGGAUAAUGUUGUGAAAUUGUAUGACCUUAACGCGAACGUUGAGAUUACGCUGGGUAGUCACAAUGCGGGAGUAAAAUGUGUGGAAUAUUCAGCAAAACUUAAUGCUAUCCUUACUGGCAGUUGGGAUCGAACGGUAAAACUUUGGGACGUGCGUGAAAAAGAAUGCGUAGGCACGUAUGAACAAAGUAAUGGUAAGGUUUAUUCGAUGAGCAGUAUCGAUGAGAAGCUUGUGGUAGCUACUUCGGAGCGCAAGGUGUUGAUAUGGGAUUUACGAAAGAUGGACAACUAUAUUGAGCGACGAGAGUCAUCACUGAAGUACCAGACUCGUGCAGUUCGGUGUUUCCCGAACAAGGAGGGUUAUGUGAUGAGCUCAAUCGAAGGAAGAGUUGCAGUGGAAUACUUUGAUCCUAAUCCUGAGGUGCAAAAGAAGAAGUUUGCUUUCAAGUGUCACCGUGCGAAGGAAAACGAUGUAGAACUUAUUUAUCCGGUGAAUGCCAUCAGUUUCCACAGUAUUUAUAACACAUUUGCCACUGGUGGGUCAGACGGUUAUGUUAAUAUAUGGGAUGGAUUCAACAAGAAACGAUUGUGCCAGUUUCAUCUAUACGAUAGUUCUAUUUCAAGCUUGUGCUUUAGUGAUGAUGGCAGUACCUUAGCAAUUGCGUGUUCAUAUAUGGAUGAAGCGGAAAACCCUCCGCAGCCAUCACCACAACCGACUCUCUACGUUCGCUAUGUGAAUGAACAAGAAACUCGACCCAAAUAA